GGUCUCUUCCCAAGAAGGAGAAUGUUUCUGCUAACAACUGGGCCACACUUGUUCUACGUCGACCCUGUGAACAUGGUGUUGAAGGGGCAGAUACCUUGGGAUCCAACCAUCACUCCAGAAGCAAAGAACUUUAAAACAUUUUUUGUUCAUACGCCCAACAGAACUUAUUACCUUGAAGAACCAAAUGGAUUUGCACUGGAGUGGUGUAAAGCCAUAAAAGAAGUGAAGGCUUUCUAUUAUCCAAACACUAGAAGCUAGGCAGCAAGUGGGAGGCAGUGGCAGGAAGCAGGGGAAGCUACGUGAUAAAUCUGGAACCAAGUUGCUGGUCAACAUAGGAAGAGUAACACAGUGUGUUGUAUCUUGACAUCUAAGUGCAUAUAAAUGCAUUGAGAAUAGAAAUGAUCAAACAAUGAUAAAUUGUAUAUCAGUGCAUUUGUUUAUAAUGAAUAAUUAUUUAAUGAAUACAGAUUGUUAUGUAGAUGUAAUUCUUCUGUACUUACUUUAACUGUGAUGAUGGCAAGCUGAAUAUGCACCUUUAAAAAAAAACUUUUCAUUUUAAAAGUAGUCAUUUUUUUAUUUUAGUGGGUGACUUGUUUCAAACUGAGCAGUGGUGUUUAGAAAUGAACACUCAAUAGUUAUCAUGUAAAUGAUUAGUAAUCUAAUUACUCUUGAUAUAAAUAACCCAACUAGUGCAUUUUUACUUCUGUAGGAAAAUGUAUGUUACUGAAAUUUUUACUUGUGUUUUAAAAGUUACGUUUCGUUGUUUGAUGAGUAAGAGUUGUGACAGGUAGUGUUGAAUACAUGUGGCAUGUAAAGAGCCAGUCUUAUAUUUAUAUAGAUUGGGUAGAGGUACCAGUUAGUGCACAAAACUUUUUUUUUUCCAUUUUCAUUUUAGGAAACUGAAUGGAGUGCUUUUUUGAAGGUCAUGGUUUCGUCAUACCAAUAGAAUUCAAAUAUCUCAGUUUGUGCUUUCAGUGGGAAAGUAUCAAAAUCAGUGUAUUAAUUUGCCAAAGAUCCCUAAAUGUAUGCGGUUGGCCAAACUUGUACUCUUAAUUUUGAACUCCUGAAUGUUAUAAGAUAAUUAGUCAUUGUUUUGCAUAGUUUGUAAAGCAAUUUAAUCAAAUAAACAACCUGUAUGAAGA